GAACGCGCGGGACAUUCCAUCAAACCUUCCCAACUUUACCCCCAGAUGCGAUCUGUCAUGGAGAUGGUGUCAUCGGUGGCAUCAAGACUGCACCCCUUUAUCAGAUGAAACAUGAAAAUUCAUCCCAAUGUCCAGGUCCGAAAGAACUGAGAUUGACUGAGCACGGACGGAGUAAGCCCAUUGACCAGUUAAAGACCGCUGCCGUAACCAUCGCCUUACGGUCCGGUCAAAGAUAGCGCGCGAUUUACGAACGGGGAUAUGUGGACGGGGCAAUACCGAAGGGACCAGUAGUCCAAGUGUUGGGGAUGGAGCACUGGCCACAGAGGUCCAUGAAAUGUCCUUGAUGGGGAAUAAUCUGCUGAGGAUUUCAAAGUCCACCGUACAACUGUCAUACAUCGUCGACGAAGAGAUCGGCAAACCAAAGGAUUAUUCUAGACAGCCAGUAAUAUGACCUCAUGUUAUGGAUUGAGUUGUCCGAGAUGGAUGGUUCAAUACACGAGAGUUUGAGGUCGGAGCCUUGGAAAUGACGGGGUAUUGAAUAUUUCGGAACACCAUUGAAGAGCUCCUUUCGAACGUCCACUGCAUUUAACACGUUCUUGAUUCGCCGUGAAUUCUGGUCAAUAUCUCGGCGAAGCAAGGCAAGCUUGGCAGCUUCUGGAUGCCAGAGGCCCGAGCCUGAUUCAGGUGGUGAUUGUCAGUGGAUGUAAAAAUUUGUGCGUCAUUUCUCGCCUGGUUUGUAGUGCAACAAAGUCCCGCCUAUCGAAUUUUCGAACGUAUGCACCACCGAGUGGUGUGAAACGAGGCGAUGAUAUCACCAAGUCACCACCGAUCAAACCAUACAGCCGGCGCUAUAUUUGGAGUGGAGAAUAAAGCGAAUUUUCGUGGCUAAGGUCCCUGUUGCAGGCGACUAAUUCCGCCAAAUAAGGGACACCACGCGUGGAAGCACAUGUUUGGUGCAACUUACCCACAAAACUUCUGCCAGGCUCUAUAUGCACGUAAUAGGCGGCGUAAGGGCCCUUGCGUCCGGUGCGAGACCUAAAUGGUUUAUCAGCUCUGCUGCUCGUUCGCUGACGGCGUCUCGAUUAAUAUCAGUGCGGUUAAAUGCGGUCAACUCGUGGAUUGCGUACCAUGCAGCCGAGAAAUGAGGCUUCGUAGUGCGUUAGCGAUAUUCCAACUCCCAAGACAGCAAUGUAACAGAGGUUGAGGCAAAAAGACACUGAGUUUUGGUGGGACGUACUUUGUAUGGGGUGGGAUCAUUGCUGAACCGGAUAUCUCGAUAUAUACGGAAGACCUACAAAAUGACCACAACGGGUCUGAUUAGUCCCGUAAAGGCAGGUGAUGGCAACAUGUUGCGCAAAUACCAGAUCUUUGGCAGGCAAUUCUGGGAUUGUGCUAUCCUUCUCCAUGAUCUUUUCCGUGAGACUUUCGACGAACGUGUCCCAGUCACGUUGCGAGGUCCGAAAAUCCGCAUCAUGCACUACUCCGAGUGAGCAACGAGGCAAAAUAUAGCAAUACCACAUAAGUCUUCGCUUGUACUCACUCUUCAGCCACUCGCGCUGAUUAUUCGCCUUUAAAUCCUUGAGGAAUAAUAAUGUGUUUGGAUGAAUCGUAUUAUCCUCGUAGGGCGUAUCACCAGCAUCCCUAGGCUUGGGUAGCUUAAUGAAGACUUCCUUCCCAGGUCCUAGGCCAGUCUUCACACCCUCCCGCCAUAACUCCUUUCCUUUGCCCGCCGUCGAAGCAGAGGAGACUGCCUUUUCCCUCCUAGAACCCUGAGUGGCUUCCGUUGCUUUCUUCCGCCCGCUUGCCCAGCCCCGACUGCCGCGCUUUUUGGUAGGCUUAGAUUCUGAUUCGGACUCAUCCCUAACCGGCGGUAUAGAAAGUGAGUCCUCGUCGCCCUCUUCGCCCUCUUCGUAAGCCGCCGGUGUAUUAGAAGCUACCUCGGAGAGCUCUGUCGUCUCCGCAUCCACACUCGCCGCGUGCUGGUUCCUGAAGUAUUUGCUCUUUUUAUCUGUAGAUUUAACGGGCUUCGGCUCCCUUGCAGCGCUUUUACCCUUAGAGGGCUUUCGUCGUUUAGACUCUCUGGCUGCUUCUGAACUGGAAACCGAGCCGUUGGCAGAAGCUCGUUUCUUCUGCUGUUCGGUGGCUGAUGAUCGGAGGUUGAGGCGGGAGGAACGUCUGGGCAUUUUGGCUGAAGAUCUCGGGUUUCUGCGUGGGAGGUUUCUAUCCUGUAGCUAAUAGAGCAUACAAUAGCAAAUAAAAUCCGCAAUUUCGAUAGAGAAGUAUUAGUUCAAGAAAGAGGAAUUCAAUUUAUUUAGUAUGCGUUGAAACGAAACUCUUUGAGGGGGGGCCGAGAGGAAACAAAGCUUUAGCUAGCGCGGAACUAACUAAAUAGGAGCAUGAUAAGAGCUCUUGAGUCUUCGAGUCUAUCAGAAUGAAAAUGUUUUCUUCCAUUGUUUGUCUGGGUUGGGUUGAUAUUCUCUAAGGGAGAGAGUUUGUUGGCGGUGGGAAUUAUCCAAAGAGAAAUAUUUUUCGCGGUAGCGCAUCCGGAUAUUUGAUUGCAGACACAUUUCUUCUAUUUAUAUCAUCCUCCCCACUGAAUGAACAGCCAACGACACACGCGGUUACGGCUUCGAUCGAGAGAACAAAUGGAACCAGAGGAAUCGGGCUGCAUUUCAUUGUCUAUCGUCCAGCAUUAUUAAUGAAAACAAAUCCGGCUCGAAUGAAAAACACUCUUUGACUGUGCCCGGACCGGAUCCGUAUCAAGUUCUUGCUGUGAAGAAGACAAAUUGAACUCAGUUCGGAAGACAUGGCUUCCCCUCGACCCGGCUUUGAAGCUAAAAAGCAGAAGAUUUUACGCGAUCUAUCUGUCCCAGAUGAGGAAUAUACAGACCUCUCACCCAAAGGAUCUGUAGAUGCGGGCAUCCGCGACUUGAUUCACAAUAUAAAUCAGAUACCGGGCUUGGUUACGACUAGCAGCUGCGCGGGAAGAAUCAGCGUAUUUCUAGAAGGGGGAGGAAGUGGAAGAGAAAGGACAAGAGUAGAAGAUAAUAAAAAUGUUUCUUUCAGAGAAAGUGAUCAAAAGACCAUAGAAGCGGAGGCGGAGAUCGGAGAGAGCUCAGCACAAACCGCACCACAGUUUGCCCCAACUGGUGGGAAAGGAAGUGGAAAAUGGUUAUUUGAAUCUCAUGAACCAGUGCAGAUAGAUCAGAGCUGUGAAGGUAAUUAUCUCCAUGGGAUAUUUCAUCUGGUUCCGGGGGACGAGAAGAUUGGGAUAGCAAACCAUUCUGGUAGCUUGAGACUUGUCCGCUUUCAUUUUGAACCCAUGAUUCUACACAUUAUGGCAUCAUCUCUAAAGCAUGCCCAGCCAGUCCUCACAGCGGCCACAACAGCCGGCUUUCGAGAAAGUGGCAUACAAAGCCUACGGUGUCUAGAUGAUACGGAAGCAUACCCUAUUGUGGCAGUUCGUUCCUCCGGACUUGCCCUUGAGUCCAUAAUCGGCUUCCACCAGCAAUCCAUCGGAAAUGAACGCGAGGAAGACAUUGUCAGGAGCCUAGUAUCUGAAGACUAUCUUCGCAUGUUGCUUGCAGCUGCAAAUGAGAGGUUUCAGACGAACGCAGAGCGGCGAGAGAGAUUUUGGACGAAAUUGCAGGAGCUUUGCAAGGGGCAUCCUGGUAAUAUUUCUUCGAGAAGGCCUGAUUGGGAAGAUCCUGAAGCGCGGAGGCAAAGGAAGAGGGCGGAGGGCUUAAGGCGGAGUAAAGCCGCCAUGGAAGCAAAGGCUGCUCAGAGUGGGCUUGAUACGUAUGUUGAGAUAAUAGGCGAGGAGGGUGAACCAUCAUUUCUGUAUCCUUGAUUCGGGGUUAAAAUAAUUCAAGAGAAUCUUUGAUUUUUGUUGUUGGCUGCCAGCCGCUUACUGCCUUUCUCGUGGCAGUUGGCUAAUUGAUCUGAUUCGAGCUAUAUAUGAUACUCUAUGGCUGUGUAUAUAGUCAUCCAGCGGACUAAAAUUAUGAAGAUAUUGUGGAGCCAUGUUUCCUACAAUGUGUCGCCAUCUCUUCAAGUAACCCUACUGCGUACAUCUUUACUGAUCCCUUUGGAAGUAUGGUGGCUACCGCUCACGGACUUUAAAAUUUGCCGCUGGAAAGGCAAUGAAAUGCAAAUGGCA